UAUAUGAGCAAAGGUUACCUUUCCAUAAACAACGUAGCCAUGGCUUUUACCUACAAACUUUGUGCUUCUAGAAUCACACUAUCUACUCUACUUCUACUCUUGUUCUUGUGUUGCCCUAAUCCAUCAUCAGCCACAGCCCCCAAACUAUUCAAGAAAAUUUAUGCAUUUGGAGACUCGUUCACAGACACAGGCAACACAAACUCCAGCACUGGCUCCAUCUUCUUCACCCAUGUAUCAAACCCACCCUACGGCCGCACAUUCUUCCACCGCCCCACCAACCGCUACUCCGACGGCCGCCUCGUCAUCGAUUUCGUCGCCCAAGCUCUCUCCCUGCCCUUCUUGCCGCCAUACAUGGACCCCAAGGCCGACAGGUCUCACGGUAUCAGCUUUGCUGUUGCUGGCGCCACUGCUAUAAGCUACAGGUUCUUCGAGAAGAACAAUGUUAGUCUAGACAUUACUCCUCAGUCUCUUGGAACGCAGCUGGGAUGGUUCAAUAGGUACUUGGAGAGUGUUGGGUGCAGAGACUACAAAACCACUCCUACGCAGUGUGGGGAUGUGUUUGAUGAUGCACUGUUUUGGGUUGGUGCGAUUGGUGCCGGCGACUAUGCCUUUACCUCUGGCUCUUCUAUACCAAGGAAAACUCUUCGCCGGCUUGCUAUCAGUAAUAUUAAUGGCUUCAUACAGGCAUUGCUAAAGAAGGGCGCAAAGUACAUGGUGGUGGAAGGCCUGCCCACCUUAGGCUGCCUAACCGCAAACCUCUACUUAUACACCGACCGCGACGCCAUGGGCUGCGCCGCCACCGUGAACAACGAGAGCCACGCCCACAACGCCGUCCUCCAAGCCAACCUCCGCUCCUUCCGCGCCCAUUUCCCUCACGCCACCAUCGUCUACGCCGACUACUGGAGCGCCUACGCCUCCGUCCUCGCCAACCCGUCCAAGUACGGCAUCGCCGAGCCCUUCAAAGCCUGCUGCGGCUCCGCCACGGGCGACCCGUUGAAUUUCGACAUUUUCGAGACGUGUGGGUCGCCCCACACCAAGUCUUGCCCGGACCCUUCCAUGUAUAUCAAUUGGGAUGGUGGCCAUCUCACGGAAGCUAUGUAUAAGGCUGUGGCGGAUGAGCUCCUCAAUGGCACGUUUUGUCACCCUCCCUUUGGUUACUUGCUUAGCAAGAAAAUGUCAUCUGGUUAGAAUAUUGCGUUCUCACUCUCAAAUUCUUGAUUUGAACAUUUUUGGGGGCUAAUUAACAAGGAUCCUUAAAUUGUCAGGUCAAGAAGUAUUUGAGUGAGCAGAGUUUGGGAGUAUAUAGACUUAUGUUAUGUGUGGUGCUGAAUUUAUUUAUUUUUUAUUUGUGCUUUUCAAUAUCUUUGGCAUGGUAUGGUGUGGUGUCAUCGAGUUGGCAUGUAGUACCGCUGGACCGUGGUGUUUGUGGGUUUUAGGCUAUGUGUAAUGUAAUGUUUUCGUCUAUGAAUUGAACUUUUUUGUGUAAAAUAUUGUCAUUUCUAUGAAAUUUUAUGCUGUUUAUAUUGGAA